GCUGGUUCCUGAUCACGUGGCACACUACGAUUAUUCAGUGAUCACUUGCUCUGGUCUGUCAGUUGUGGCAGGCAGAAACAGAUGAUUAUCUACACAAGGAUAGGCAACCAACCGUUCCCUGAUACAGACAGAGAUAGUUGUCCUGCCACAGCGGUAAGCGCAGAAACAUUGCACAAGGAACGGCGACUGGGAGACUGCGUCAGUCAGGACACACAGACUGGAUCUGGGUCUGGGAUCACAGUACAUGGGCAGUCAGUUUAUUACACCAACCUUCACCGCCUCUUAGGAUCAGCCAAUCACAGGUUACCGUUGGAACACCUGGUCAUAGAGCAACCAAUCAUUGUUCUGCGUUGGGCUUGAGCGCUGAGCUUCCCACAGAGUCCCUACGUGACGGACCAAUCGGGAGGCUCCUCUGCACCUUUGCGCACCACGGCUAGCCAAUCAGCGUACGGGUCACAGUGACUCUGUGUGUGAGAUUCCCUCUCCGGUCUCCGUCGCUGCUCUCCGCUGUUCUGUCAUGUCGGCGACUCCGUGUUCGGCCGCCGCCCCCUCCGGCCCCGUGCCCGGGAUGUCCAUGUUCCGCUGGCUGGAGGUGCUAGAGAAGGAGUUUGAUAAGGCGUUCGUGGACGUGGACCUACUACUGGGCGAGAUAGACCCUGACCAGGCUGACAUCACCUAUGAGGGUCGGCAGAAGAUGACCAGCCUGAGCUCCUGCUUCGCUCAGCUGUGUCACAAGGCGCAGACGGUCAGCCAGAUCAACCACAAGUUGGAGGCUCAGCUUGUGGAUUUGAAAUCUGAACUGACAGAGACUCAAGCAGAAAAAGUGGUGUUGGAGAAAGAGGUUCACAAUCAGCUUCUGCAGCUCCAUGCCGUACAACUACAGCUUCACUCCAAAACAGGCCAGAAUGUGGACUCGGGGGCCAUCAAAGCCAAACUGUCUGUCACUAGUCUGGAAGUAAUGGAAAAAGAAUUGGAGGCCAACAAGAAAGAAAAGGUAAAGGAGGCAAAACUGGAAGCUGAAGUGAAACUGCUGCGAAAAGAAAAUGAAGCACUUCGUAGGCAUAUUGCUGUUCUUCAGGCAGAAGUGUAUGGUGCAAGAUUGGCUGCUAAAUAUUUAGAUAAGGAGCUGGCUGGAAGGGUGCAGCAGAUACAGUUGCUUGGCCGGGAUAUGAAGGGUCCUGCUCAUGACAAACUAUGGAAUCAACUUGAAGCUGAAAUCCACCUACAUAGACAUAAAACUGUUAUCAGAGCAUGCCGAGGGCGAAAUGACUUAAAGCGCCCUUUGCCAGUUCCACCAGGACAUCAGGACCCAGAUUGCUUAAAGAAAAGUCAAGGAGUUGGUCCAAUCAGAAAAGUGAUUUUGGUUAAAGAAGAUCAUGAAGGACUUGGCAUAUCAAUCACUGGUGGAAAGGAGCACGGUGUUCCAAUCCUCAUAUCAGAAAUUCACCCGACUCAGCCGGCUGAUCGCUGUGGUGGACUGCAUGUUGGUGAUGCCAUUUUGGCAGUGAACGGCAUCAAUUUAAGGGAUGCCAAACACAAAGAAGCAGUUACCAUUCUCUCUCAGCAGAGGGGGGAAAUUGAGUUUGAAGUAGUUUAUGUGGCUCCAGAGAUAGAUUCAGAUGAUGAAAAUGUGGAGUAUGAAGAUGAGAGUGGACAUCGGUAUCGCUUGUACCUAGAUGAACUGGAAGAAGGUGGAACUAGUCCUGGGGCAUCUAAUAAAGAUGCAAGUGGUGAUGCAAAACCAUUGCGAGUGUUUGACCAAAAGCAUCACAUUGAUGGACAUGAAAAUGGGGACCUUGAGCCAACAAGUGAAUCCCUAUCAGGAGACACUGCUUCCAAGUUGGCAUAUUCUUCAGAUUCCCUGUCGUAGGACUUGUCUCCUGUGUCUUCAGAGGAAGAGACCGAUAAUCACUCUAGUGGACAAAUUUCAGUCUCAAGGGAGGUUGGAUACGGUUGCCUCCAAUGCAGUUUCCUCAGGGUUGUCUGAGCAAUUCUACACAUGCAAAAUCUUUCAUUUAUCCACUAUGAGCCAUAACUGUUGACAUUGCAUGUUUCUUUCUCAUUUCUUUUUGUAAGCACCAAAGCAUGCAUUUUUAAACAUGUAAAGCAUUUUUUUGAGCUUAUUUUUGUGUCUGACGUAAGUAAAACUGGACUGAGAUAAAUGUUUACAACACAGAUAGAAGGGAGUUACACAGAAGAUGUUUGAAGUAAGUGAUAGAAAAAUAGCAUUUUAUUCUAAAUAAAGCUUAAAUGAAAAUAUUAUGGUUUUAGGAUAAAUUUAAGUGCCAAUCUGGCCCAGCACAAUCAAUUAAAAAACAUUAUAUUCUGGUUCAAUCAUUAAAAAAUGUCCUGCAGUCUGCACUAAUGUUUUUUAUUUAAUUUUUUUCUAGAAGGAAGACUAAACUCCAUGUAUGUAUUUUUCUAUUUACCUGCAGAGUAUGGAAUUAGGUGCAUGCUUUAAAAGGUUCACUUUGAGGAUUCUGUGCCUAUUGUAAAUAUUUUGUUAAUGGUGCAAACCAUGUUGAAAGUCUCAGUGGCCUGAUAGAUAUCGUAAACCUGUAAGUAACUGGGCAGAAUGUGUGUUUUUUUCCUCACAGUGUCACCUGUCAACUUACCACAUUUUUGCCUAUUUUAUCCUGUAAGUCAUACUGUUAUAACUGUUCCCUGACAUCGCUGAUGAAGUCAUUGCUGCUCUGUCAAUACCUAUAGAGCAAUACUGACGGACAGCCAUUUGUUCUAAUGUCAGCCACUGUUUGUAUGACAAGUGAUGUGAAAUAGGUUGUUUUUCUAUGUUAUCUCCUUUUCCAGCUGCACUAUACAUAUUGUUUGAGAGAGCUUUGGAGAAUGUAUAUAGUAGUCAAAUUGCUAUUUAUAAAUUUGUGUCUCUCUUGUUCGUGACAUGAUCUUUUGUGGUGUCACUUAAUUUAGGUUAUAUAUAAAAUAUAAUAUGUUUUAAAGCUUUUUAUACUGUAUUUUUUAGGUUCAGAGUUUUUGGUUUAUACAAUAUUGCCAUCACUCUCCAUAUAUAGCCAUUAUGGUUCUAUAUUGCAUUUAACUAUAUUUUCAGUGUCCUAUUAUUCAGAUAUAUUUCAUUAAUAAGAUACUAGUUAAACUAAACACAAUAAAAAGGAAGCUUUCAAGUAAUGCUGCCUGUCCUCUUAUCCUGGUAACAGUAGAUUUCAACGUGCAUUGUGUACAUCCCACUUUCCAUGCCAAAGCAGACAGAUGAAUUUUAUGUUACAUAUCCAUUUCAUACCAGUAUGUGUUGUAAUGUAUUUUCCUUUGAAAUACGAUGACCACAAAGGACACGUGUUACAGGAUCAACUAAAUUAAAUAAAUGCACUAAACCCUU